UUCAUGAUCAGUGUGUAGAGAUGCACGACUUAUUGCAAGAAAUGGGUAAAGAAAUUGUUUGACAAGAAUCGUCUAAAGAAGCUGGCAAACGUAGUAGAUUGUGGUUUCAUGAAGAUGUUCGUCAUGUAUUAGAAGAAAAUAUGGGAACAAACAAAAUUGAAGCAAUUUUGUUAGAUUUUCCUAGAGGCGACAACAUGAUAUGCUUGCAUUCCGAGGCAUUUAGGAAGAUGAGCAAUCUUCGAUUGUUUAUAAAUCAGAAUGCACAAUUUUCUGCAGGACCAAAUUAUCUCUCUAAUGAGAUAAGAGUGCUUGAUUGGCCUCAAUAUCCUUCAUCAUUUUUGCCUUCUAAUUUUCGUGGAAAUAAUCUCAUUGAAUUUAAAAUGCGUGGUAGCCUCAUCAAGGAGAUAGGCGGCCUAAAAUUCAAGAACUUGACAGAUAUGGAUUUAAGGUAUUGUAAAUUCUUAACAAAAAUUUCAGAUCUUUCAAGUAGCCCAAAUUUAGAGAAGUUGAAUCUUGGACAUUGUAAGAAUUUAGUUGAGGUUCAUCAUUCCGUUGGAUUCCUUGAUAUGCUUUUGAGAUUUUCAGUUAGUGGAUGUUGCAAGCUUAGGAUUUUGCCGAAAAGAUUCAAGCUGAGAUCUCUACGUUUUUUUGAUCUUGGAUAUUGCUCGAGUCUUGAAGACUUUCCAGAGAUUGAAUGUGAAAUGGGAUUUUUACAUGAGUUAAAUCUGUUCGGCACUAGCAUAAAAGAACUACCUUCAUCAAUUGAGAACCUCAAAGGACUUAAAACGUUAUAUCUGUAUGGCACUAGCAUAAAAGAACUACCUUCAUCAAUUGGUAACCUUCCACAGCUUCAGCAAUUAUAUGCAGCAGGCUGCAUUGAUCAGUUGCGAAGUCUACGUAUUGUCAAAGUCGACAGUUAUUCACAACCAAUAAACAUUGGGAAGGUGGAGGAGGAUGGUAUACAAUCCACACCAUCUGUUGUGUCUUUAGGCGAAUAUGAAAUUCCAUCAACUACUACAGAAUUGACUACAACAAAUUCAAGCAUUUUUAAUGAUGGAAGUUCCUCCUCAAGUGCGAUUUGGAAAUCACUAUCGCUAAGAGUUCUAACUCUUCAAUUCUGUUGCCUGUCAGAAUCAAAUUUCUUCACGAAUGGUAAUUACUUUCCCGCUUUGGAUAGGUUAGAUCUAAGUGGGAGUGAUAUUGUUAUCUUUCCAGCUCAUAGCGUCAGAUUUCCUAGGUUGCGUCGCCUUUGUUUGAACAAUUGCAAGAAACUUGAAGAAAUUUUACCUCUUCCAUCGAGUAUAUCAACUUUUGAAGCUCGUGAAUGCACCUCACUAGAAAGUUUUGCAAUACUAUCUGAAAUACUUAUUAAAGGCAAUGGAAUGAAUUUUUCUAACUUCCUGAGGAUUGAAUUGUAUGGAUGUCAUAAACUGCUUGCGAAUAUGAGGCCGAUUCCUUCAUGCGAAGAGAGACAUUCUAAGGAUGAAAAUUGGGCAUACCCACUUAAAGUAAGAGAUAUUAACAUUAUAUUUCCAGGAAAGAGGAUUCCAGGCUGGUUCAACUAUUGCGAGGAGGCCCAUGAUAGUAAUUCGUGUGAAAUAGAUAUUAAUCGAUUGCAUCAUUGGAAUGACAUAGAUGAAAUUGUUUUCUAUGUUGUUUUUCGAUUUAGAGUUGGGAUCAUUAACCCAAGAAUGGAGAAGGCUUAUAUUUGUGUUAGCAUCCAUGAUGGCUUGGAUUGGAAGAAAUUAUAUACUGAAAAUAGAAAAUUUUAUUGGACAGACUCAGACCAUGUAUGGAUGCACUGGAUGAGUUACGAUGAACAAGUGGAUAUUUCAAGAUUUAGAUUUGAAUGUAAGUCAGAGGUCGUGGUCUUUAGAAGUGUUGGGAUCCAUUUCCUAAAGAACCAUGAAGAGAACGUAAGAGAUGACAUAGGUGUGCCCUACGAAAAUGAUUACAUAGAUCUUGGUUACCCUUUUUCUUAUUCCAAUAGUGAUGAAGGAGGUGACAGCUGGCUAGAUUUCAUGGAUGAAAAGAGGCAUUCCUCAAUUUCGGAAUUAGAGAAUGAUGAUGAGAAUCCAAAGGAAACAUUUGGUAAGAGGCAUCGUGAUGAAUAUGAUUCCAACCUAGAAUUCAACAUGUACCCUCAACAAAAGAGGCAAUAUUCCUCAACCAUGGGCAUCAUAAUAACGGAAUUAGAGAAUGAUGAUGAGUAUCCAAAAGAAGAUAUGGAUUUAGAGCUUAAACUUGGGUUAUAAUUAAAAGGUGUAAUCUUCAAUUUUCUUCGAUGUUUACUGCCUUCUUGAGAUAGAGAGAUGCAAGAACUUGAGAAGAUGGAAUCCGGACUGAACCAAACAAAUCACUAUCCAUGCUACCAAACAAUUGUUCAUGUGGAAUUUUAUUGCUUGAAGUGUGUAUAAAGAAUCUGUAGAUCAUGUGAAGUUGUCACAGUGACUCGCAUCAAAUGCUGACAUAAAAGGACAAUUCCCAACUGCAACUGCAUCAUUACCAUACUAGUCAAGAAUCAAGGUUGUCACAGCACUCACCCUCAUGAAGAAUCACCUUUUCAAGUGAAGUUUCAUUUGUUGCAAACCAAGAAAUGAAAGUUGCAUUUGAGUUGAUGUUACUGGAUGUCAUCUACAUACUGUGAGUCUAUUUUCAAGAAUUAAAUUGGAAAAUAUCAUGUGUUUUAUUUUUGGCUUACAUAUUUGGUGGUGUGUCACUGCCUCAUUUAGAAACUAGAAUUGUUUUCAUAAUUUUAUUAUGAUAAAUGAUUACUUUGGCUUGUUUAUCUGUUUGCAGGAGAAAGAAUAACCAGAUGUAUCAAGUCAUCUAAGAAGUUUUGUAGAAACAAUAUUGUGGUUGCUUUCUUUUUAUGUGUGUGUGUGUGUAUAUAUAUAUAUUAUAAAUUUUUCGGGUUUGUUUUAUUGAAGAUCUUUGCUUAUUUGUUUUUGGAUUGGUUUAAGUUUCUUUCAAGAGUUCUGGAUACUUUUUGGAUAUAUUGAAUACAUUAUGAUUGUUCAUAAUGCGUUUUUUUAGUUGGACAUUUAUUUUUACCGUUUGCACAGAAAUGAUAUGACCAAGACAAUGGUCAUGUCCAACAUAUCUUAUAUGAGUUCAACUGUAUGUCCAAAAUAUUAGAUUUGCAACAAAAGUUCUUGGAGUUGGAAUUGUUUUUAGUUUACCUACUCAAAGAUAUGCUUGGAAUUGCAACACAACACAUGCAAAAAAUAGUAAUUUGGAAGUGUUGGGGUCCAUUUCCUAAAGAAGCAUGAAGAUAAGGCAAGAGAUCAUACUGAUGUUGGUGUGCUCCACAAAGAUGUUGGUCGUGCCCAUUUUGAUGCAUUCAAUAAAGAAAUUGAAAGUUUGGUAGAUUUAAUGGAUGAUUAUAAUAUUGCUUGAGGCGUCGUGAUGGAUAUGAUUGCAACCUGAAGCCCCAAUUGGUACACUCAACAAAAGAGGCAUUCCUCAACAAUGGGCAUCAGAACAUAAUUAAAGAAUGACGAUGAGAACAAGGACCAAUCCCAACCAAUGUUGCAAUCUAGUCCACCUCUAGCUAGGCUUUGUGGCCCAUCUUAUCCGGGACCGCCUUGAGUGUAUAGCAGCCUCAUUUGCUGCAAUGUUUUCUUCGACGCUUGUGCCAUUCAUUACCUGGGACUUCCAUGGCUGUACCAAGGUAUGUCUCAUUUUUCUCUCUCCCUCAUUGCAUUUUCUCACCAAUUCAUACUAGGAUUUGACCUUGUUUUCAAUGUCACAAAGUUUCUCGAACAUCUCAAGGCAGCACGAACUCGUUCUUGAAUAGGACCAACCAUAGCUCCAAGAUUGGGUAGUAGUCUGUCUUGGUUAUGUUCUUUGGAAUCAAUUCGCUGUCCAUGCUACAAACAGUUCAUGUGGAAUUUUAUAGCUGCAAGUGUGUAUGAAGAAUCUACAGAAAUGAAGAUGUCACUGCAACUUGCAUUGAAGGAAUCUUUUUUUUUUUGGUGCAGAUGAAAUUUCAUGUUCCACUCUUUUUAAUUUAAUGGGUCUACUUGCGCACACAUAAAGAAGAAUUUCAUGCCUUUUAUCAUUUCUAAUAGAAAGCAUGCAUAAUCGUUUUCUAUUUUACUUUUUAGUGACAAGUAUUUGUUUCAUCAUGAAAUCUAUUAGAUAUAUUACUUAAUUGAGACUAGAACCACUUGAUUUAGGACUUAAAAGCUUAAUUUGGGCUGCCCUUCACUUUCUUUUGUUGUUCUGCAUUUAUGGCUCCCCACUUCCUCCUAGUUCAUUUUUCUCUUUUGGAUAUUGUUUUGUUUUUUUGGCUUUGUGUGUGAAAUUGUCAGUAACAAAGGAGCUUGAUUUUCUACAGCAUUUAUCUGCAUUUCAAGUUGGCAAGAAUUAAUAUCAUUGGAAAAUUUGAGAAGAAACAGUUUCUUUUGAAAGGUAUAUCUUUUUGGCCUUGGCUGGGUUCAGCCCAUUCCUGGGGAUUUGUAGUUGAAAUUGGUAAGUAGCUUUAUCUAAAUUUCAUGGCAUUGUUUGUUCUCUCACUUGUAGCCGUUGAUCUUAGUUAGUAUUACGAUUUGUAUGUAUUUUGUUGAUAAAUUAUGGCCAUCUUACAUACGCAUUGAAGCCAUUAAAGAAGUGAAUCGAACUCCGAUUCCUCUCGGAAUCGGAAUCGGACCUCGACUUCUGACUCCGACUUUUGUCGGAGUCAGAAGUCGAAAUUCCGAUUCCGACGGAGUCGGAAUCGGAGCAUGGCCCUAGUUUGGAUGCCAUAAGCUACUUGUGAAUAUAAGGAAUCAUUCAUGGGAUGAGGUAUAUAUCUCUCUCUCUUUCUUUUAUACAUGUUUCUGUGUGACCUUGGUUUAUAGCUUGCAUUGGUGAAAGGUUUAUAUAUAUAUACACGUAUGAUAGGGAGAUUCUAAGGAACAAAAUUGGAUAUACAGAUAUAAGAAGAGCAUUGACAUUAUAUUGGAACUCUAAGUUGGUUCAAACAUUGCAAGGAGGCUAAUGAUAGUAACUCAUGUGAAAUCGAUAUUAAUGAGCCCUUGUAUUUGAAUGCCAUAGAAGAAAUUGUUUUCUGUGUUGUUACUGGAUCUAGCUAGAGUUGUGAUCAACCCAGAAAUGGAGGAGAUCGAAAUUUGUGUUAAAAUCAAGGAUAGAUGGAUGGGGUCUCUCCUGGCUUCAACAUUUAAGAUUUAAUUUGGAAGACUCUAAUCUGUAUGGUUGGGACGCUCGCUGCGACUCAGAGUAAAGCUUAUAAUUGGAAGUUUAGAUUUGAAUGUGAUUCAAACAUUGUGGUACACUCCAUUUGGUAAAAAAGCGUGAAGAUCAGAAUGCAAGAGAUCAAAUAGAAGCACCCAAAACUGGAAGAAACUCAACAACAAAUUAGCAACUCCCCCCUGAAACUUUAGUGAGAGAAACUCUCACUUCUCUCUAGGAAUCGUUUAGGAAAACCGUUUUGAGGGAGGUGGAGCUUCGGCUCCUCCCUCCCUCCUCCAUUUUUUUUUCCCUUUGCUUUUGGUUCUAAGUCACUAGUUUUCCUUUGAUAAUAAAGCUGUUUGGCUGUGUUAUGUUCAUCACCAGGCUUUUGUUUUCGAGUCUUCUUCCUUAACAUAUCACCCAGCUGGGCGGAGGGAUAUUCCACGGUGGAGAUGGAGGAUUUCGGUUUCAAAUGGUGGGUGUUCCUGACCGUUCGGUUUUGGUCUUCUGAGGGGACAGUUUUUGAGGGCUUACGGCGUGGGUUGGUCAUGGAAUUCGCUCAUGGAGAUGGAGGUAGCUUGCAGGUUGGGGUGCUCUUCUAUGGGGUAUAGGAACUCUGUUUUAUCCAUGGAAAACAGAGGAUUAUUUUGGGGAUGCAUGCCGACUUGCAUGGAGGGGAUAAAGCAUCUUCCGGUGUGGAUCUCGGGCGUAGCUCACGGUGGUUGUCCUCAUGGAUGGUGAUGGGAGUAUCAAGCGAUGCAGGGUCAAACGGUGGUUGUGUGUUUUUUUCUAUGUUUUCGUUUGUUUCAUUCUCUGUAGUACUCUGUUUUGUAUGUCUGUCUUUAAGCUCCGGGUGCUCUGUGCAUGGGGUGAUGCAGCGGUUUGAAGUUUUUUGGUUUUGGGUUAUGGUUUGCAUCUGGAAAUAAGCUCUCAGUGUGCUGUUUGCCUCUGGUCUCCGUCUAGCCGAAGUGGAGUUUGGGUGUGUAUAUUUCCACAAAUCGUUGUUAUUUAAGUGGAGCCUUUUUCCCUGUUGGCUGUUGGUGUUAGGGUCAACAUCUACAUACAUACAUACAUACAUAUAUAUCUAUUCUAUUAUAUAAAUGCCUAUCUAACUGUACAGUAAAUUUUCUUGUUUUCUAUUAAUUUUUCCGUUAAGUGAUUAACUCCGUUACUUACCAUAUUUCGCCCCUUCCAGCGCCAGCCAUUACUGAAACCACAACAAAGACGUCCAUACUCAAUGAGAGUGGAGGAGGGGCGCGAAGAAUUGGGUGGUGGAGAAGAUUACGUCGGCGAGGUGGUGGCUUGCAGCGGUUCAGGGAGAAGGCUUAUACUCUGUUUUUGGGAGGAGUGAGGAACAGAGGUUUCGCGUGAUGGGUACUCAUUGCCUCAUUCUCAAUCAACCCGACGAAGAGGUAGAGACAGAGAGAGGAUUCGAGACAAACAAAUAAGUUAUUGAAAAAUCGGAAUGGUGAGUCUGUGCGUGACGGCGCUGCAGCCGACGGAUCUGAAUAGGAACAUAGAGUGGUUCAUCUACCCAGGGAAAUCAUAGGCAUACCACUAUACAAUAUGCACAUGGUCUUGCUACUCGAGGAGUACAUUAUCUUCAUCAACCAGGGCCAUUACUUCAACAUGAGAUUGGGCAAGACAAAGCUUACAUCAAUGAGACUCUGUUCACAUUCUUUUUUGUAUCUUUUAUCUUGUGGAGCUUCCAUCCAUUCAUCUUAGACAGCAAAAAGAUCUACACGGUUGAACCAUCAGAAGUGGAGCUCCUGAAGUUUAAACAUUAUGUGAAUACUGAAUCUGAUAAUUUGGAGUGGCUUUCAAAGCUUUAUGUUUAACAAAAAAAAGAAAGCGGAUAAUAAGAAGUGAUAAACCGGGUGGGAAGGGAUCGAAGAGGGCUCCUCAGAAUCUGGUGAUGUGAAGAGUUUUGAACUGUAUAAUCUUAUUUCUUUUGGGUGAGUCCUGUACAAACUCAUGCAGCAUUCAUGAAAACACAUUUUGUUUUGGGAUGCACUGAUGUAAUUAUAUGCUAGAAAAUUUGUGCAGGAAAACAUCUGAUCAUAUAUGCUCCUAUUAGGAAAAAAUUAUAAUUUCAAUUCCCCCAAACUUGUAUCAACAUAUGGUCUGUUUAACUUAUUUGUCUGUCUUAAUACUUUAGUAAUAGAAAGUAAUUAUUAUACAUCUC